GUGUGAAGCCGAACAAGAACCCCUCGUAUUUAUCGCCCGCCCGCGAAUGCCAAAUAAACGAGGACUUGUCUUGCGGAAUUUCCAAAGCUUUGUGGAAAACAUCGAAAGUAGUCCACAUUUUAAUAAAGUAGUAGGUAGAAUCCUUGUUGCAUUUGGAAUUUGUUGCUUGUUUCAUCCAUGGCUUCUUGUGCUUCUGGAUCGGCUAUUAUGGCAGCGGGAAUCACAAUGCCUAACACCGGCCACAAAAUCUGUCAUUUCCGGCAGCCAUUUUUGUCUAAUACGCUCCACACUAUAAACUUCUCCAACUUGCAAUGCAGAUCAAAUCCAUUUUCCGCUGUUGUAAAAGCACAAGCUGUCACAGUUGAACAAGCAGGUUCUCAAGUCACUCCUAAAACUCAUGAGGCUCCUGUUGUUAUUGUUACUGGAGCUUCCAGAGGCAUUGGUAAAGCUAUUUCAUUGGCUCUCGGGAAAGCUGGAUGUAAGAUUCUUGUAAAUUAUGCAAGGUCAUCCAAGGAGGCUGAAGAAGUAUGUAAAGAGAUUGAGACAUGUGGUGGCCAGGCUCUUAGUUUUGGCGGAGAUGUUUCCAAAGAAGCCGAUGUGGAAGCUAUGAUAAAAACUGCAGUUGAUGCUUGGGGAACUGUAGAUGUUUUGAUAAAUAAUGCAGGUAUUACAAGAGAUGGUUUAUUAAUGAGAAUGACUACUAAACAGUGGCAGGAGGUUAUUGAUCUAAAUCUAACUGGCGUGUAUCUCUGUACACAGGCGGCAGCCAAGAUUAUGAUGAAGAAGAAAAAGGGUAAGAUAAUCAAUAUAGCAUCAGUAGUUGGCCUUGUUGGCAAUUUUGGGCAAGCUAACUAUAGUGCAGCAAAGGCUGGUGUUAUUGGUCUGACUAAAACUGUGGCCAAGGAAUAUGCAAGUAGAAAUAUUAACGUGAAUGCUGUUGCCCCUGGGUUCAUUGCAUCCGAUAUGACUGCUAAGCUAGGGGAUGACAUCGAGAAAAAGAUUUUGGGUCAAGUCCCAUUAGGAAGGUAUGGCCAACCAGAAGAAGUUGCUGGACUCGUGGAAUUCUUGGCCAUUAAUCCAGCAGCAAAUUACAUCACUGGCCAGGUUUUAACUAUUGAUGGGGGUAUGGUGAUGUAAGCGGUUUUGGAAAAGUACAACCUUUUGAUCCCUCUUCAGCAAAAUGAAUGGUUGAUACAUUUUUAGGUCAAAUGAAGCAAGGAUUUUGUGUACUUUAUAUUUCCUACUUGAUAUGAUUAUGAAAUAAACUAUUACUUCUGAAAUAGUCUUGUUGAGCUUUUGUACUGAAAGAGACUUCUGUAUGUUGCUAUCAUCAGAACUGUCUUUAGUUCAAGUGUCAUUUUACAACAGAACAUCAUAUUUGGCUAAUACAAACAACCUUCUUUCUGA